AUGAGUCCUUACCUCAGCGGUGGCACCGACCAUGAUGAUAAGGUCAAGGUGACCAAUACUGCCACGGUAUUUCAGCAUAUCCAUGCUGAUCCGGCUACUCUCCCGCCUUCUCUGGAUCCUUUCACCAUCACAACACAGAAUGGCUUCUUACCUUUGCAGACGCCAAAGGUCGAGCUUCCUUCCGUUUUUGCUCCACUCCAGAAACUAUGCGACGAUAUGCCAAUUGAAAAACUUGAUGGCACCCCUGGACUGCUGGCUACAUACAAGCUUGGCCCCAUGAUCGACGAGCAGAAAGCAUUGCCUGACUUGAACCAUGAGAUUGACAACCUCAUUGCCUCGGAUGGCAAGCCUGACCUGACUGCCGUCUCUGCCGCCUUUAGAGACUACUCUUUUCUGGCAUCCGCCUAUCUACUUGAGCCUUGUUGGAAGCAGUGGAACAUCGAUGGCACAUACGGAACUGGCCGUGAGCUGCUUCCCAAAGAAAUCGCUGGUCCGCUUGUCAAGUGUGCCAAGCUCCUCGAUGUGCCAGCGUUCUUGGCGUACGCUGCCGGCUAUGCUUUAUUCAAUUAUCGCUUUUCCAACUCUGCCAUCGGCGCAUCCGAAUAUAGCAACCUACGUCUGAUCAGAGCAUUUGAAAAGGGCCUUGACCCAAGCUCUUCGGAGGCUGGCUUCAUCUUAACUCACGUUGAUAUGGUCAAGCACACCGGACCGCUCAUACAGGGCGCUGUGCAGAUGCUUGAUGCCGUGGCGGCAGAUACCGGCAGCUCCACUGUCAAUGACGCCUUCGAGCUUCUCCUCAACACCAUGCGCGUAAUCGAAGACUCCAUGGAGGGCAUGUGGAACCAGUCACGACCAAAGGACUACAUCAGCUAUCGGACUUUCAUUUUUGGCAUCACAAACCAGCCGUUCUUUCCCAAUGGUGUCGUGUACGAAGGUGUCGACGGAAAUAAACCACAGUACUUUCGUGGCGAGUCUGGUGCAAAUGAUGCCAUCAUUCCAUUGCUGGACUCGCUGCUUCAAAUCCCAAUGCCUCAAAAUCCACUCACCGAGAUUCUGAAAGACUUCCGCGGAUACAGGCCGAAACCACACCGAGACUUCCUUGCCUAUGUGCGAUCUCGUGCGGAGGAGAUCGGUGUCAAAGAGUACUGCUUGAAAGAUCUUCAGACCAAGGUCUUGUAUCUGCGUCUGUUGGAACAUGUGCGAAGCUUUCGCUGGCGGCAUUGGCUCUUUGCGCGCGAGUACAUCAUCAGGCGCAGUUCCCAUCCGACUGCUACUGGAGGGAGUCCGAUUGUCACAUGGCUACCUAAUCAAUUAUUCGCGGUCAUGGAGCUCAUGAGAUCUAUCUGGGAGACAGUCGAUGGACCAGAUAGGGAGGCGCAAGGUAAAAGUGUCAACGAGAUGAUGAACAAUGUGUACGACAGCUAUGAGAAGCUUGACAAAGAGGUGGAAAAGUGGUGUCAAGAUCGCGACUGGGAUAGGAAGAGGAUCUUUGUUCAUUGAAAGUGCUUUUCUUGAUAG